GGCUAAUACGUGAUUAAACAAAUAUAUAUAUAUAUAUUUAUAGAAAGAGAUAGAUAAUUAAUAAUAAAGAGUUUCUUAAUAUAAUUAAUUGAACAUUUUGUUGGCAAAUAAUAAUGUUAAUGAGAAUAAUUAAUUUGAACAAAUCAUGAAAGCUAGCUAGGACAGUAUCUCUUUGGAAAUCUAAUAUGAUAAUGUAGUAAUAGGCAUGAUCCCCGCUUAUCGCGUCAACUCAAACUAUUAUUAUUAUUGUGUGUGAUAUAGACUCAUACAUAUAUACAAAAGUACAAAAUUAAUUACUCAGUCGUCUCUUCUCUACACUCCAUCAAUAUAACCGACAAAAAUUGUUCACACUUACCCUACCAAAUUAAGAAAUUUAAUCACCAAUUAAUUCUACUAAAUAUGUAGUUAUCAUAAUUAAGAGUGUAGUCAAAAUAAAUCAUUUCAACACAGCUCCAUUUCCGAACAAAUAUGCCACUUUUGGUUCACCACUAGUAGUACUGGACAUCAAACAAAACUAUAUAAUCUGGUGAUCAAGUACUUGGCUGAUCAUGGACGUGGCAUCGUCGAAAUGGUUAUCAGAAGUACUGCAAGGAGUGGAAGACUACAAUAAUAUAUUCUCUCUAGAUAAUCAACUUGAGUUUGGUUCAGAUGAUCAUCAAAUAUUAGUAGGAGGAGACAAUUACAAACAAGAUUUCUCUUCUGAGAGUAAUUCAUCUUACUCUACAAUCACCACAUCAGGUGGUUCUGAUUCCAUCAAAAAGUACUCUCAUCAUGAUCAUCAUCAAGCUUCGAACAAAAAACCUGCACCAUCUUCUAAUUCCUCUCAGCUUCUUUCUUUUGAUAAUUAUCAAAACCAGCAUUACCCAAAUUCCUCAUCACCACCUAAAAUUAACAUGAGUGAUAUUAGUAGUACUACAUUAAGACCCAAGAAAGGACUGUCCCAAACAGAUAUCAAUUUCUCAUCUCUUGAUGAUGUUGAUCAUGUGGUAUCAAAUAAUAAAGAUCGAAAUUCCUUUAUUAUUAGUAAUAAGAAGGAAAAUUACUCAUCAUCAUCUCAACCAUCAAUCUUCAUCAAGGGGACUAAUGAUUAUAAUAAUAAUAACAAGAGGCCUUACUCAAUGAUCAAAACUCCUUCACAUGCUCAAGACCAUAUCAUGGCUGAGAGGAAAAGAAGAGAAAAGCUCACCCAACGCUUCAUUGCUCUUUCUGCAAUUGUCCCAGGCUUAAAGAAGAUGGAUAAAGCAUCGGUUCUUGGAGAUGCUAUUGUUUAUGUGAAGCAACUACAAGAGAGGGUAAAUAUACUAGAAGAACAGUCGAAGAGUAGAACUGUGGAAUCUGUGGUGUUUAAAAAAUCCCAAGUAUCAAUAUCAUCAUCAACUGAUGAACAAAAUCAAGAUAGUUCUUCAAGUGAUCAAAAUUUCGAGGGUCGCUCUAAUAACGAUCAAGAUUAUAAUCAUAAUAACAAUAAUGAUAAUAAUCAAACACUAACAUUACUUCCUGAAAUCGAAGCAAGAGUUUAUGAAAAGGAUGUGCUCAUUCGAAUCCAUUGUGAAAAUCACAAAGGGAUUGUGGUCAAAAUAUUGAGCGAAAUGGAAAAGCUUGAUCAUCAUCUUUCUGUGGUUAACACUAGUGUCAUGCCCUUUGGCAACUGCACUCUCGAUAUUACAAUACUAGCUCAGAUGGAAAAGGAAUUCAGCAUGACCGUGAAAGAUCUAGUUAAGAACCUAAGGAAGGCAUUAUUGAAAAUUAUGUGAUGUAUAUUAUGUGAGGUUCUAUGCUGAAAAGUGUCGAGACAUAUUUUUAAUUAUUAAUAAAUAAGAGUUAAUAUUUUGAUAUAUGCAUUAAUGUUAAAUUAUUAAUA